CGAUUCAUGAUCUUGAUUCACGAGACGUUCAUUGAAAUAAAGUGAGUGACCUUAACCUUGACAUUGAACGAAAAGCGUUUUCUGUUUGUUGUUAGUCGUUCUAGAAAAGUUUCGUAAUACUGUUAGUGUCUUAAAGGUUUAGAAAAAUGACCUCUGCGUUCCCAUAUUUUACUGAGGGCGAGGUAGUGAAAGGGUUUGGACGAGGGAGUAAGGAGCUGGGAAUCCCAACAGCCAAUUUUCCAAUUGAGGUUGUUAAAAAGCUCCCAGAAGCAUGUUCAGAAGGGGUAUACUAUGGCUGGGCCCAGGUGGACGAGGGUCCUGUCUUCAAGAUGGUUAUGAGUAUAGGCUGGAAUCCAUUCUACAAUAAUACAGUCAAGUCUAUGGAGACACACAUUAUCCAUGAGUUUAAGGAGGACUUUUAUGGAAGCAAUAUGAAAGUGUGCAUGCUGGGAUUCAUUCGACCAAUGAGGAAUUUCAAAGGUUUAGAUGAGUUGAUAGCUGCCAUCAAGAAAGAUAUAUCUGAUGCAGAGGGUGCCCUUGAGAAACCAGAACAUAUCAAAAUCAGAUCUGACAACUUCUUUGCCAUUUCAACACAGAAAACUACUGGCGCGUCUUGUAGUAUAUGACGAGAGUUGUAGUGUGUAAGGCUUCUGGAGUGUUAGCGAUGAUUUUAUUAUUUAUUGGGAGUUUGUUAUGAAAUGGUUUGCGGAAUCAACUUGAUAUACAACUCAUAUAUGCUCUUACCUCUUAUCAUUAAUGUUGACAUUAGGAAAAGAUUUAAAAAACAAAUUUUUAUAAGAAACAAUAUCAAGAGUUUUAUCUUAAAUCAAUCAUAACUGUUUUUAAUGAAUUACUGUAAAUUAUUAUACAUUAUGAUUAUUUAAUGUUAUAUUUUAAAAAUGUUUGUUAUCUACAUGUUUGAGAAACACAAAGAAAAAAUUGAUCAUUUUUAAUAUAAACUUAAGAUCUGCUUUGUUUUUUACAUCAUUUAAAUCGUAAACUGCAACAUUUAUUUUUCAAAUGUGUCAUACAUGAAUGUUCAUGUGCUGAAUAAAAUCAAAUUUGUAAACCGUUAUGCAAUACAUUUCUGCUAAACAUAUUUUGCUUAUUUUUACUCUAAAUUACAGGUAUAUGCAUACUUUUGAUAGCAUUUUACAAAUAACAUGUUUGCAGCAGGUAUAGAAAAUAUUCUAAGAUUUAAUAAUAAAAUGCUAUAUGUCAGUUUAUUGUGUAUGAAAUAUGCAGGAAGCUGAGUGUAGAUUUUAUUUGCAAAAUAUAGUUAUUAAUACUGGCUAAAAAGAAGAUUUUAAAGAUGUGACCACAUAAAAUUUAUACAAAUAGCCAUUUCUUUUGUUCAGAAGUAUCUUCUUAAACCUACUUUAUUUUGAAGAGUAAAUAGUAUUGUGUCAAGUUUAGAUUGUGUUAAGUUUUUAACCAGGUUUUCCGAAGGAAAAAACUGGUUAUUAGAUUGGUGAAUGUCAGCGGGCUGGCGGGCGGGCGGAACAAGCUUGUCCGGGCCAUAACUUUGUCGUUCAUUGUGAGAUUUUAAAAUCAUUUGGCACAUUUGUUCACCAUCAUUAGACGGUGUGUCAUGCGAAAGAAUUACGUUGAUAUAUCCAAGGUCAAGGUCACACUUUGAGUUCGAAUGUCAAAAAUGGCCAUAAAUGAGCUUGUCCGGGCCAUAACUAUGUUAUUCAUCGUGAGAUUUUAAAAUCAUUUGGUAUAUUUGUUCACCAUCAUUGGACGGUGUUUACGCACAAAAGAAUUAUGUCAAUAUCUCCAAGGUCAAGGUCACCACAACUAAAAAUAGAUUUAUUUUGAAACAAAGGGGGUUAAUUUUUAACAAGCAGUUCAGUUUGAGUUGUCUCUAUUUAUCAGCCUUUUCUUUCCAAUUUAAAACCGGUUUUGUGACAAUUUUGUCCCUUGUUUUAACUGUAACAAAAUGAAAAUGGUGAUAGUAUAGAUGUUACUUCCCAAAUAUCUGUUGUCUGAUUGUCUGUAAAAGACUAACAAGGGUUAACCUUAGACUUGUUCAAUAUUUAUGUUAUCUUCAAUUUGUUAUGCAUAGAACAUAAUGUAUAUAAAUGUAUAUUUGAGCUGUGCUCUGUGAAAAGAGGGUUUAAUGCAUGUGCGUAGUGUCAUUCCAGAUUAGCCUGUGCAGUCUGCACUGGCUAAUCAGGGACAACACUUUUGACUUUUAGGAUAUUUUUUGUUUCAAGAAAGCCUCUUCAUAGCAAAAACAAGUUUAGGCGGAAAAUGUUGUUCCUGAUUAGCCUGUGCGGACUUCACAGGCUUAUCUGGGGCAACACUUUACUUAAAGUGGUACAAAUAUCCCCUGAUUUGAAUUCCUUUUGUUGUUUCAUGUUUGUUAAAAAAAUUAUUUGGAUUAUUAUUAUUUAGUUACCAAUAAUUUUGAUGUUCAAGUCUCACGCUUUGUGUACAAUUUCAUUUCCUGUAAAUGUAUUUGAAGAGGUGGAAGGCUAUCAGACUUAAAUAUUCCUCCUUAUAAAACAUUCUCCUGAAUUCGCAUGUAACAUACUGAUUUGGGUAUUAACCCUUUUCCACUUGGAUACGUAUUUUGACGCAUUUGUAGCCCCUUAGAAAGUUAAAUUAAAUUAAAGACCUUUCAUACUACAAACCCUUAGAUUCCGAUGACAAGCAAGCAGCAUAAAACCUGAACAGACUGCAAGUUACUCCCAGGCUGUUCUGUAUUUUAUGCUGUUUGCACAUAGCCAUUUUCACUCUGCCUCUGAGUAGGAAAGGAUUUAAACAAUGCUGAGAAUUAUAAUGCACUCUGAAAUAAUAUUCCAGAUAUUUUGUACAAAUUUGAUAAGAAAUUUCUUGGGAAAUUUACAAUUAUUACAAAAAAAUAGUUUUUUGCAUUGUGUAUUUCUAAAGAAUUGUUGUUACCAGUCAUUUAUCAUCAUUAACAUGUGUCGGUUUGACAUUCGACUUUCUCAUAUUUAGUUUGAGUUUUAUAUUGAUAGGCUGGUAAUAUUUUGUUGUACUUAAGCUCAUACGAGAUGACAUUAUUUCUUGACUUAAGAAUAUUUUCUUUUAAAUAAUAUACUUAGCUGCAGUUGUGGGGGCCAUCUUGGCUACAUGUAUAUUGUUUUUAGCUUGACUAUUCACCGAAAAGUUUAAGCCAUACAUAGCUCGUCCAUUUGUCGGCGUCUGCAUUAUUCUCUGAUUAAGUAAGCUGGCACCAUCUCCAUCUAACUUUUUCUUCUGCAGAUAUUCACUUGAAUUUUUUGGAGUCAUUGAUUGAGGUCACUCACACUAAGUUGAAUAAGAAUUCUGCCUCUAUUUGUACUUAAAAAAAAUAUGGUUUGCAGAUGCGUGAAAUAACUCCAAAUCUUAAUAUCUACUACAGGUAUUGAAUUAAAACUUAUUGUGUGUUUGUUAAGGGUCUCAAUGAAAAUAUACAGACCAAGCUCUAUAAAUGAGACCAGCUUGUUAGCAGAAGUAUACCCCCUUUUGUACUUAAAACAAACACAGACUGGUCAUGGUUUGCAUCCAAAAUGAAAUUUAGUUUAAGGUUUGAAGGCAACAAGUUCGUUAUUCAUUAACUAAUACAGAUCUUUGAUUGAAAUUUCACACAUGGAUUCAGAAUCAUCAUGUGAUGUCAGAGACCAAGGCCCAUAGCUCUGAAUGCCAAUUUAGCAGAAUGGUGCCCCUUUUUAUACUAGUGUACAUGCCCCUUAUUUGUCACUGAGGCUCGCUUUUGCCUCACUAAACUCACUUGCACAUUAUAACUUUAAAAUUUAGUCACAUAAAUAAAGCUUAACAGUGUGGCCUGGGUAUACAUAAGUAUAUUACAUGUACAAGGAACCUUAUUAUUUAAAAAAGAAAAAAAUUCAUGCUCAAUCGUCAGACAAACAGUUCAUAUCGAGUAUAUUUUUGAUGAAACUCAUUCAUAUAAA